AUGGAGAUUUCUGAUGCAAACGACACAGAGAAUGGAUCAAAAAUUCGCGGUUAUUCACCCUUAUUAUCCUCUUCGUCAUCUUCAUUACGAAACAAUGUGGGAGGCUAUGUGAGAUCCGACCCAAGGCCCAGAGCCCCGCCCAUUAUACCGUCUUUCGCGUCUCCACUGGCACGCAACCCACGAUCAGUAUCAAGCUUCGGGGCUUUAACAACACCACCAGCCACCGGAGGAGGAAAAAAAUAUCAGCCGCAGCAAUUUUCAGGCCCUCGUCACCCCUCUUAUCCGUACUCCUCGCCUUACUUCCCUUACCCAUCCUAUCCGCCUUACAGCCCCAAUGCAUAUUACCAAUGCCACUCACCAUAUCUAGCUUCAAGUUAUCAGUAUUACCCGACUUACUAUCCACCGCUUCUCCCGUAUGCCCCGGGCGCAUUCAAUACACCAGCACUAGACCCUCCUGGUUUGUCCGAAACAAAAAUUCGGGAAAGCAAGGUUCAGGCCGUACCUUUGGCGCCCCCUAGCAUUACACAAACCUGCGAUCCUCUUCAUCAUCCUAGUUUCAUAGAUUGCAACAACGAUGUCACCGAUGAAUUCGAGAGAUCAAAAGCUACAGUCAACUGUCACAUCAAAAUCCCCCAUCCUUCACUCGCAGCCCAAGAUCAAGGAAAGGACAGUCUCCUGCUUCCCAACCCGAGGGUACAAACCCAGCCAACAUUCAAUUACGGAGAAGAGUUCAUUUAUCGAGAAGAUUAUGAGAUCAUCCAAACCAAGCUCAUUCCAAAUUCUGAUCAAAUAGCCUUGACUUUGCAAAGCUGA